AUGGAAAUGGAAGAAGAGAAGGAUUUGCCUUUGUUAUUGGGAACCCCUUUCCUUAGUACAGUUGGCGCUUCAAUUGACUUUCACAAGCAAGAAGUGAUCCUUCACAAGGUUGUGAAGGAAAGGGUUGACAAAGAACCAAGAGUUGGGAAGGAUAAGGAUGAGAGAGGACCAAGGAUUGAGAAGCCACGUCUUGAGAGGGCUAGAGUUGAGAAACCACGUCUGAUAGGCCACGAGCUGAUAGACUUGUUCAAGCCCCUUGUGUGCUUGAUGAAGAAAGCCUUCAAGCUUUGUUUGAUGAGCCACUAG